AUGAAGUUGUUGCUUAUAGCUGUGCUAUGUUUGUUGCAGCUGCAAGUCAAUUUGUCCAGCUGCUGGGGCUUCUACAAGUACACCGCAUCAAUUCUGCAAAUUGACGUCUUGCCGCAUGAGAAGGAGUUGGUUAUCGAUUUCAGCGACUUGCACAUUGUGGGACGUCAGCGCGCUCUGAAUGGCACCAUUCGCAUACUCGAGGAUAUGGACUCAAAGACCCAUCAAAUGUCUGUGGAUAUGCUCAACGAUCCGAGCCUAAAUGGACAAUGGAAGACAAUGAUAUUCGCCAUGCCGCUCCUCAAUGUCUGCUAUGCAAUGCGCUUCUUCAUUGGCAGCUACGGCAAGUCCACAAUGCAAUUGGGCGUGAAUACGAAUGUGCCGUUCGAUGGCACACAAUGCCCGCUGCCAAAGGGCACAUACUUCACCAACAAUCUGCAGCUCAACACCGAAACGUGGCCAGAUGUUUUGCCGUACGGCGGACUGAGAAUAAAUUUGCGUUUCUUCAAGCAAAAUAAGCCAGCGGGCGGCUUAAGCAUCACGAUUGAUGUACAGAAGAAACAAUAGCGUUGGACAGAUGUGUGAUUGAUUGAUUGAUUGAUUGACUUAAAUAAAACAUAAACAUGGUGCUGAAUUGUAAA